AGAUAUUUGAUAGGGACAAAAAUCUUCUGUUCGAGGUGUGAAACAUAUACUAUAGAAUGUGUAUUUCAGACUCAAUAAGAUACCUUGUUGUGAAUGUCAUUUUAUGAUAGCCAUUAAACGUCUCUGUUCUAUUUUUUUUCUUAAAUCUCAAAUGGGACGUAAAACAAUUUUUAGAAAACGAGCGGCAUUACCAAAUUGUAUGAAAAGGUGUGAAAAUAGCUACAACCUUCAGUUUCCUUGUUGAAAUAAACUGGUCAUAAUUAUGAUACUUUUGGACCCAGUGAAAAGCAACACGCCUCGUGUUUAGUGCAUCAAACACAAUUCAAAUAGGAAGUCCUUAUUAUGGCGUAUGUUUGUCAUUUAUUUGUUGUAACACGUGUCAUUCAUCUCCUUAAUAUAAAAUCGCUUGAAAAAUAUGCAAUGCAUGGUCUUUCACAACUGAUGUAUUUAUUACUGUCAAAAAUAUAAUUCUGAACCAUCAAUUUGUACUAUUUUAUUUUCAAUAAAAUCUGAGGAAUUUUGUCUACAAUCAAUAUGUUUAUACAUUGUACAUCCUUCCUUAUUAUCGAUGUCUGUUUACUCUAAUCAAUAAGUGUAGUAUCUUCCUUGUCAUCCAUAGUGUCGAGAUUAUUGUAAUUAUCUAAACCAUGAUGCAGCAGUUCAUGGAGACCUAUAUGGAACGUACAUGUAUUACAAGUACGUGGUUCGCCCAGGCCCAGUUCGAAGCAGCAAAACAGAGAUCUCUUCGACACCAAAGAGGAAGAGGUUCCUGCGUCCUAUUCAUACUCGACGUGUCUGAAAGCAUGAGAGGAACAGCUUUCAAGGAAAUGAAGACAGCGGUCAUGGACAUUCUGGAUGAGUUUGUACAGCAUAGACAACGCCUUGAUGAAAAUGUUUCUGUAAUAGUCUGUGGACAGGAAACUAAAUUUCUUCACUAUUACUCAAACCAAUAUGCUGCAAUUAAACAGAGCAUAGAUGAACUGGAAUGUUCCGGACCAUCUCCCUUGACUGCUGCCUUCCUGUUAGCUCUUGGUGGUCUAUUCGAUGGAGCAGCUUACAGCUCAGAUGUUGGAGACUUCCUUUUGCAUCCCAGGGUAGUCGUUUUCACUGACGGCAAACCAACGGACUUCAGGAACUUGAACGCCAUUGACAGCGAAGCGGAAUUAACACCCGAUGACUGUCUAAUAGCAACCCUCUGUUCGCAUACCUAUCGAAUAGGAGUACAUCAUCCGAUUUUCUGUUUUCCAGUCGGAGAAAACCCCAAUUACGAUUUAUUGCAGACAAUAUCGUCGCUGUCUAAUGGAGGAAAAGUUUUGGAGAUUCGUAAAGCAAAGUGUUUUGGACGUUACAUUAUCCACCAUGUAGCAGCGGAUUUUAUUUCAAAGGCAGGAAAUGAGAAAAUGAUUGAAAGACAAAACUUGAGAUUUGUCGCUGAUCUCGUAAUUCCUAAUGAGACAUAUGAUGAGGACGAUUUGGAUAUCAUAUACGAGUUGAUACAAAAUAGAGAAAGAAUUCUCAGAACUCAAAAUAAAAUGGAUGAAGACGUUUUUAAAGAAAAAUAUUCCACUGUCCCCAGUCUUGGUACAAGAGUCUGCCGUGGCCCCCACUGGAGAUUUCAGAGCCAAGACAACAGGGGAAAUGGAACUAUAGUUGGACACGGGGAUAUAGCUGGUGUUGUUCUUGUGGAAUGGGAUACUGGGGAGCGGUAUGUCUACAACUACGGAAUAAACGAAGUAUAUGAUAUUGUGGUUUGUGAGGAACCAAGAACUUCUAUUGAUGGUUUUGUUGCUGUUGGGUGUUUUGUAAAGAGGGGCCCUGACUGGAAAUGGGAAGAACAGGACGGCGGGAAGGGUUCUAUAGGAACAGCUUACCGAGUGAUGGAUAACGCCAGCGUUUACGUUCGAUGGCCCUGUGGACGAAUGGGUAACUACAGAUUCGGAUACGACGGAAAAUACGACAUUGAAGUUUGCGACCCAUUUUCCCCGGACGUGAAGAAAGCUGUAACAGAACAACGGCGUACAUCAGGAAUGUCUGAUUCACUCCACGGUCUUCCUUCAACUGAUUUAACGGGUGAUUGUGCUGCGAAGGGAUCACACUACAAUAAACCCAAUAAAAGACAUGGAAAUAAAGAUGAUACGGAAACUUCAGUAUGUAUUACUGAAAAAUCAGAUCUUUGUUCAAAUGAUGACAUGUUACAUAAUGAAGCUAGAGUUGAUUCAACUGAAACCAAAGAUUUCUACAGAUCUAAAUUAAACAUACGAACGGGCCAAGGAGCGAGUACUGUUAGGACAAAUGCGAUUGACUCUAGUUCGGAACCCCGUUCUCCUAUCGAAGUCGAUGAUUUACAAACUGAUUCUAUAAACAAUCUUAGUCCAAACAAUGCUUUACAGACUGGAGAAGUGGGGCGUUCUGUGGAUAUUACAAAACCCGUUAGUCCAAAUGAAUUUCAAAACACAUUGCAUGUUAUACAAAACAAUGCCACUGGAGAUUCUAGUCGGUGCUGGCAGUGGAGGGACUCUCUAGGCCUCUGGGUAGACUAUCCUGAUCAUGUGAAUGAUUUCAUCAACCACAGGCUUCAACAGCAUCCUCAGGCCACGGUUGUCAUUAAUCUUAGCGAUCAAAGUUUCAGACUUGUAGCAUCCAGAAUGAUUCAGAUCAACACAAACACAAAGGAGACACACCGAGUUAGAUGGAAGAAUACGUAGAAGCUGUUUGGUACUGUAAAGGAUCAACACCAGUAGUGGAACAAAGAGUGUCAUUAAACAUAUUGUAGAAUUAUCACUUUGGGGGUGUCGAUGAGUCCAGGUUACUAGUUGUGUACUUUGAUUCUAUGAUACCAAAAUAUUUCUAUUUGCUAAAAAACAAAUCCAUGGAUCUGUUAGUAUUGAAUGGGGGAAAAUAAAUCGCGGUGGUAAUUUUCGCUAUAUUCGUGGUCUUGACAAACCCGCGAAUGUAAGAAACUGUGAAUAUUUUUAUUAUUCUUUAAUAAACAAUGUGUUUAAAAUGGGGAGGAAGCUUAUAAUGAUUAAAAUCCGCGAAUUUAUGAAACCGAAAAUGUGUCUAAAAUGUAAAAAAAACAAAAAAAAAACAAACAAAAAACAAACAAAAAACCGCGAUAAUUACAACCCGUAAAAUUAUUCCCCUAUACAGUAUUUUAUUUAUUCUUUUAACGACAAUUGUUAGGAUUUUUCACAAAUAAAAAUCAAAUCGAAAUUUCUAUUAUUAUGAAUAUAUUUUAUGGCAUUGAAUGUAAUUCCUUUUUACAAUUUCUCAAUAAACAGUGGGAAAACUU